AUGGGUUCCUGCUUGGGUAAAAAAUUGUCAUCAGCGAAACUUGAAAGUGUUCAUGCAAAUACGAUAAUACCGGUGGUUAAUUCAACAGCGUUAACCACUACCUCCUUGCCAGCCGCUACUACAGUUAUCAUGGAGCCAUCAUCAGCUAGCAGAAGUAUCGCUUCCACGAACACAACUCACAAUAUAUCAGACAGUUCUGCACCUCUCUUUGUGGCUUUAUUCGACUACGAUGCUCGUACGGAUGAAGAUUUAAGUUUUAAGAAGGAUGAACUCUUGUACAUACUAAAUGAUAUGCAAGGAGACUGGUGGUAUGCUAAGAGCAAAAAGAGUAAUCUCUGUGGUUAUAUCCCUUCUAACUAUGUGGCACAGGAAAAAAGUCUCGAUGCUCAAGCGUAA